CCACCAGUUAUCGUUAUCGCGGCCAGCUUUGUUUUGCUUACACGACAGAUAAAUAAAACUGGCGAAAACCACUGCUUUACUCUUAAAAUGAGUAGUUUAAAGUCGGACUUGGACGAGUACCUGCUCCUGCAGAGUGAUCAGAAGAAAACCUUCAACGUUAAGCUGCCACAACUCAAGGUUCCCUUUUUCCGUUCGGAGCCAGAGGCAAAUAGUUUCCUGAAGGACACCGACUCGUGCUUUCCAAAAUUGUCACGGCUGCAGCGAAUCGUGGGUUUUGUGGCCUGUUUAGGAAUGGGCGCACUCUGCAUGACGCUUUCCACAUUCUACAUUCCCGUCUUAAUAUUGAAAGCCAGAAAGUUUGCCCUGCUCUACACCCUUGGCAGCCUCUUCUUCAUCUUGAGCUUCUGUUUCCUCUCCGGAUUUGGCUCAUUUCUGAAGCAGAUGUUCUCCAAGCCCCGCUUGCUCACCUCAAUUUCCUACAGUUCCUGUCUGCUUUUGACUUUGUACUGUGCAUUGGUGGCCAAGAGCACCGCAUUCACUGUCCUGUUCGCAGUGGCACAAAUUAUCGCCUUGCUCUUUAUGAUUCUGGGCAUGGUCCCCGGGGGAGCUACGGGUCUCAAAUUCUUCGGACAACUCUUUAAGAGCAGCGUUUCUGCCUCAGCGAGCGUACUGCCUGUGUAAAAGGAGGAAAGGCUGAACAAAAAAAUCAUCCACCACCGCAGCAACGAAAAGUAACUUAUUUAACUCAUUGAUAAAUCUAAAAUAAAACUUAUUUGUGAUACAACGCCUCUCAAA